AUGAUAACUAGAAGAGUUAUAUUAGUUAUAUUAUGUGGGAUACUGAAAAUAACCUGCGGUGAAAAAUGUACUUUAUUUGACAAGAAUAAUGCUAAUGUUCCUAGUGAUAUAUUUAAUGAUAUUAAAGAUUAUGCGAACGGCGGAGCACUGAACAAGUUUUUCAAUGUAACAGGAAUUGAAUCCGUUUACAACGAGUUCCAGUCCAAAAGAGAUAACGAAGAUAUACAUCUGAACAUAACGCAGUUACUAACUAAAUAUAAGUAUCCUGUAGAACAACACCAGGUGUUGACCAGCGACGGUUAUCUCCUAACAAUGUUCCGGAUACCAAACGACGGACCCGCGGUCUUUGUCAUGCACGGAUUGUUUAGUAAUUCUGAUGACUUCAUAACAAUCGGACCUGACAGUGGACUUGCUUAUCUACUUGCUGAUGCUGGUUAUGACGUGUGGCUGGGCAAUGCUCGCGGUAAUAAACAUUCCAGAAGUCAUAUUAGUCUGUCGCCGUCCUGCGCAGAAUUCUGGGAUUUCAGCUGGGAUGAGAUUGGCCGCUACGAUCUGCCGGCUAUGAUCGACUAUAUUUUAAAUGCAACUAAGCAGGACCAACUGAUAUAUAUCGGACAUUCACAAGGUCCAGAUUUCAGUCAGAUAAAUGCUACUGCUUUACCUGUAAUAUUUGGUCAUACGCCCGCAGGUGUAUCGACAAAACAAUUAGUACAUUAUGCACAGUUAAUAAAUUCGAAUAAAUUUAGACAAUUUGAUUACGGAUUGAAAAAUCUUGCGCAGUAUGGAUCUGUGACACCUCCAGAUUAUAAUAUUGAAAAAAUUACAUCGCCAUUGGCCAUAUUCUUCGGUCUCAACGAUUGGUUUAAUGCUAUCGAAGAUGUGAAUAGAUUGAAAAGAAGAUUACCAAACAUAUACAAAUUUAUUACCGUUCCAUAUGGUAGCUGGUCACACGUGGAUUAUUUAUUUGCUAGGGACGUAAAGGAAUUGCUUUACAUAGAUGUUUUAAACGUAAUCGAAGAGUAUUAG